AUGCCAGCUUUCUCCCGGGGCUUCGACGCCUUCAUGCGCCAAAAUUCCUUCCGCCUCCCCUCAUCUCUCCGCGCAGCCCUCUUCGGAACACGAGAAUCCUCCUUCACACCCACGGCUAUCCGCCACAAUCGCUCUUUCACAUCGUCCGUGCUCCGACGCUACCAAUACCCCAAGAGUACUGUUGUCACACCAAAAGUCGGUCAAUUCGUAAACAACGACCCAGUCCUACGCCAAGUAAUCCAAACUCGCCAGCCUGUCCUACUAUACAAAGCGCCCAAGAACAAAUGGUACUAUGCCAAGGUGUACGGAACAGGAGCAUUGUGGAUAGGAGUUGGGGCAUUCGCGAUCAAAUUCAAUGACGACAUCAAAGACCAAGGACUAUCCUUCUUCGUACGACCGACGUAUGUCGUAGUAGGAGUGAGCUUCAUCAUAAUCGGCUGCUACAUCUGCACUGCACCCAGCAACCGCAUGCGAGCUAUGGAAAUCCUCCCAAGUAUGCAGGGCGGGCCUAUGCAAUUGCGCAUGACUGUCAAGCCAGUGCCGUGGCUGAAAGAGCGCGUCAUAUACUCGAACCUUGGAGGAGUGACAAUAAGUGAAAAGACGGAACCCAUGGUGCAGGAGUUACUCGAGGCAGAGCGAUUUAGGCGGCAGAAACUAUGGGAUGACUUGGGACACAUGAACAUUGCGGCCCGUGUGUGGGAGGGCUCUGCGCGUUGGGUACAUCAGAAGUGGACAAACUUCUUCUUAAAGUUCAAGUUUGCAGUGCUAAGAUUUGGUAUUGCCAAGGUCAAGGUGAGAGGAGACGAGUGGAAGAUUGACUGCUCGGGGUAUUUACUCGAAAACGGCAAAGCUGUCGACCGAAUCAUCCCUGAGGACUAA